CCAUUGCUUUAGGAGACGCGCGGGGUGAAGCAAUAGAUGUGUCAAGUCGUAAGGUCCUCCACAAUAUUUAGAUUAACAUGGUGUUUAUACAGGAAAGAUGAUUUAUAACGUUUGAUUUCAAUGUGUGUAUAAUAUAAAUUAAAGAAAAAUGGUCAGCACCACUUCGCGGGGUGUCCCCCGCAUUCAAGUGUUUAGGCCCACGUAUGAAGAGUUUAAGGAUUUCAGCAAGUAUGUGGAGUAUAUGGAAAGCAAAGGAGCGCAUAAAGCUGGUUUAGCUAAAGUAAUUCCACCACCUGAGUGGAAUCCAAGGAAAAGAGGCUAUGAUUUAGAUGACUUAAAUCUAACAAUUCCUGCACCGAUUUGUCAAGUAGUAACUGGCAAACAGGGUCUUUAUCAGCAGAUCAAUAUACAAAAGAAAUCAAUGACUGUGAAGGAGUAUAGUAAAUUGGCUAAUUCCGAACGAUAUAACACACCACGUCACUUCGACUACGAAGACUUGGAGAGAAAGUACUGGAAGAAUAUAACAUAUGUAGCACCUAUAUAUGGAGCCGAUGUUUCUGGUUCAUUGACUGAUCCCGAAGUGAAAGAAUGGAACAUUAAUCAUUUAGGGACGAUACUUGAUUAUGUAAACAAAGAUUAUGGUAUAUCUAUUGAUGGUGUUAACACGGCAUAUCUUUACUUUGGAAUGUGGAAGACUACGUUCGCCUGGCAUACAGAGGACAUGGAUUUGUAUUCGAUAAAUUAUUUACAUUUCGGGGCUCCGAAAACUUGGUACGCUAUACCACCAGAGCAUGGUAGAAGGUUAGAGAGACUAGCCAGUGGUUUCUUUCCAUCGAGUUAUCAAAAUUGUCAAGCAUUCUUACGUCACAAAAUGUCUCUUAUUUCUCCCCAAAUACUGAGACAGUAUUCUAUUCCAUGCAAUAAAAUAACUCAAGAAGCUGGAGAAAUAAUGAUCACUUUCCCUUAUGGAUAUCACGCUGGCUUUAAUCAUGGAUUCAAUUGCGCUGAAUCCACCAACUUCGCUGCACCACGUUGGGUGGAAUAUGGUAAAAGAGCUACACAUUGUACCUGCAGUAAAGAUAUGGUUAAAAUAUCUAUGGACACUUUUGUAAAACGUUUUCAACCGGAGAGGUAUGAAUUAUGGUUACGUGGAGCAGACAUUGGCCAGCAUCCGGAAGAUCCUAAACAGACAGCCGCACCUAUGCCGUCGCAGAUGGAUCUUCUGUGUAGUAACAGCAAUGGGCCUUUGCCGCAGAGUUAUCUGAAUGCUUCAAAAAAUAAACGACACCGAAUACAUAAAAAGAAAAGUAUAAUGGCCACGAAUCCGGACGUCGACAUGGAAGAUAUUCCAGCGGAUGUGAAGAAAGUGUUGCAAGAUCUGGAAUUGGAAGAAGUGGACGAUCCGCCAGACGAGCAACAACUGGAAUAUUUGGAAGACAUAUGGUUGAAAGCAGGAGAAAUGGAUGUGACCGAAGCUUCCGUAUUUGAUGAAGGAUAUAAUCGCAAGAAGAGCCGGAAACGAAAAAGGAAGAACGACAAAGAUAAACCGAGAUCCAAGAAGGAUUCCAACAGAAGUAUUAUGGAUGAUAUUAGUAAGGUAAAGACUGAGGUAAAAAUGGAACGGGAUGACAGCCUUAACUACCUCUCUACGCUCUCGGAACAGAGCGCACAAAUGGAUGGCUACGAUCAAGACAACGUGAAUAAUGUGAUUUCGGGUAAUAGGAGCACUGAAGGCGUAAGAUUUGCAGAAGCAUCUAACUUUCCGGAAACCACCGAUAAACCAGUGAAGAAGAGGAAGAAGCAUUCGAAAUCAGAAGAACCAAAGAAGAUAAAGACGAAAAACCUGAAUAAGACUAAACGUAAACAUUUGAACAUGUCUAUUUUCAACACUAACGAACCAUUAGACGUGUCCGAUGCCGAUGUACAGCGGAAACUGAUGGCAAUGCCGAGUCUUAGUUCCCAUAAAUCUUCAAUAGCUAAAGAUACUAAUAUAAUGGAAAAUAUAAUGUUCGGGCGUGACAUCACAGUAACUAGUAUAGAGGAAUCUCCUAUCAAGGAUAGAGCGGAUAAGGACAGUGCUCAAGAUUUAAAUCUCGAUUACAAUAAUACGACAGAAAAAAAAUCCAAUGGAGCAGUGAAGUCUACUGUUCCUAAACAAAACCCUCAGAAAAACAUAUCUUCUACGAGUCAAAUCAAGUCUGUUAAAGUAAACAAAGCCGUUGAGUCCGAAUGUAUCGGCGAGAACUCAAAGGUCGUUAAGCAGGAAACGAAACCGAGCACUUACACUAGUUGUAAGAGUGUGGGAACGUUCAUAAGUGAAAUACCUUUACCUAAUUACACGAAGAAAGAUAUUAUAAAAGCUCCGAGAUUGAAUCUUUUAAAAUCAGCGUACACUGUACCCGCGGCUGAAGUAUCUGUAAAAGUGAAUUCUGAAAAAUCUGCGACUAAGGACAGCGAUACUCGUAAACCACCGAACAGCGUGGUGGUGUUACCAAAGACUUGGCCUAUCGCCAAACCACGGGAAACUAAAGUUCCUGGACCGAACAUUAUGUUUUUGAAUUCGAGCUUCUCGAAUCCGCCGAUUCUUCAGAGAGAAAUCUCGGUGCAGGUAUCCGGGAAUGAAACGAAGAAUGUGGAAAUCUCCAAACCCACGACGUCAGGUGCCAUUCAGAUACCUCAAUUAGAAGGUCUCUUCGCGAAGACUUCAGUAUUGGCGCAAUCUUUGAUGCAGCCUGCGACAAAUACAAGCGGAAUGAACAACGAGAUGAAAAAUCUCGGAAGGAUGUCCAUCACGGACACGUCGAAAAUAAAGUUCUGGCAACCGUUGAGCGGGAACAGUAACUUCCUUUUCCUGAAAGAUGUAAAAGACGACAGACAAGUGAUUUCUACGAUGAAACAUUCAAACAUGGCUGGAACCUCAGUAGCAUCUCCGACGUUAAGCUUAGUGAAAAAUAAUAAUAAGCUCUUAUCUACGACUCCAAAGUGCACGAGCAUUUUGUUAAAUCAGCAACCAAUGACGUUCGACUUCAAGAAGAAAUGCGUACAAAUCCCAAUUCCUGCUCCGAAUAAGAUCGGUUCUAACAUGAAGAUGUUAUCCAAAUCACAGGAAAAAUCGGUUUUGAAGAAGUUAUCCAGCCCAAAAGAAGAAACUUGUAGUAGGAAACUAAAAGAUAUGAAUACGACCAUUGGUAAUGUGAAAACCGUGUCGACGCGAGUAGACAAUCCUCUUCACGCUGUACAAUCCGGAAAAAGUUUAUUAAACACCCCGAGAGUAGACGCUAAUGAACAGUACACUAAGAAUCAUUCCACCAUGGACAUAAAAGAAUCUCCCAACUCGCCUACACAGUCUCUUAAUGUGGUCACAACGAAUGACAAACCACAGGCUAUGAAUACGCAGAAGAGACCGGAGAAUAUAUACGCCAACAUGCCGGCGUUAAAACCCAUCCAAUUCAUGAACUCGAGGCGAAAGUCAAAGGAAAAGAAGACGACAAGGAAAAAGGAAUCCACGGAAAUGAAAAUACCAGCGAUGACAGUGAACGUGGAGGAACCGAGCACGAUCGCGUGUUCCGUAGACCAAACGCCUUCUGUAUCGCAUCGUAUAUCAAUGGUACCUGGACAUAUAUCGGAUAUGUUGUAUCCGAGUGUUCCGAACAACGAAUUAUUGAAGGCAUUCAACGAUUAUUGGAGUGCUCAAAUUUCUCACUGUGCGAUCUGCGCACCGUUUACAUCCAGUUGCAAUAGUCACGGCAGGCUGAUGCCACCGGAUUGGAAGUAUUGUAAACCCACCGUUUUACCAGAAAGCUCGCCGAUAUGGGUAUCUGCAAAUGUAUUCGUUGCGAAUUCAAAGGAGCAAGUCGUUGAACAGGAAAAUGAUAGGCUUUUACGUUGUAGAGAGUGUCACGUCACGGUACACGCUUCCUGUUACGGAAUCACCGUAUUACCUACGGAUCUGCGAAAUUGGGCUUGCGAUAAAUGCAAAGCUGGUAAAACGCAAGUGAUGUGUUGUUUAUGUCCAAUGCGCGGUGGUGCUCUUAAGAGGACUAGCGAUAGUAAUUGGGCACACAUAUUAUGCGCCCUUUUGUUACCGGGAGUGACGUUUAAGGAUGCAGUAAAUAAAGAUCCCAUCAACGUAUUGACUAUUAAACCGGAUAACGUUAACCAACAAUGUUGUUACUGUGGACAGAAGAACGGAGCGUGUUUAAAGUGCAAUCAAUGCAACAAUUUGUUUCACCCAUCAUGUGGUCUCAUUUCCGGCGCUAGGUUCACUAUACCCGUAUACAAUUCACUUGAGCUUCAGGUUACGUGCGAUGGCCACGAUGACGGGAAAGAAAAGAUACCAACGAUUCGACAGGGAGAAAUCGUUUGGGCGAAGCACCGUAAUAAGCGGUAUUACAAAGCCAAAGUGGAUUCGAUACACGAUACCCUGUUUUACAUGGUCACGUUUAGUGACGACAGUUUUAGUGAAGAUUUAUAUCCGUCAGACAUUACGAAUUAUGAGGCUGGAAACCCACCGCAGCUGGGUGCUCCUGUUGUUGUAAAAUGGACAGAUGGAACUCUGUACGAUGGUAUCUUCGAAGGUACAAAUCAUCAAAUUAUGUAUACUGUAAUUUUUGAAGAUGGUUCACAGUUAGUAUUGAAACGAAACGAGAUUUAUAGCCGACAAGAAGAUAUGCCAAAAAGAGUUCGUUCCCGAUUGUCUGUCGCGACCGAAAUGAAGCACCGGUAUCAUCUGUACGGCAUGGAGGAUGAAUCGGAAUCGCAAAGAAAGGUGAAACUGUCGAAGCAUUGUGAUUAAAAAAAAGUGCGAAAAUAAUUCAUUGUAAAUAAUCGAUAGAGACAAAAUAAUAUUCGAUCGCUGUACAUAAUAUAACACGAAAUAAUAGUACCUUAUGAUUUUAGUCUUUCUUGAAAUCCCAAUCUCUUUAGAGAUCUAUUAUGUGGAUUGAUGCGUAUAUUUUUUUUCGUCUACGUUUGUUUUCUCAUUUUCGACUUGUUUCUGUCUACGUUUCCUUUUCUCGCUAUUGCACUUGUUUAGUUUUUAAGUUACACCGAUCGCUGCUGCAAUAUCUAUUACUUUUUGAUGAGACAACAGAGUCCUAUAUAUAGAUGUUUACCACGUCUCGUCGAAGAAAAAGGUAUUGAAGGGCUACGUGGCUAUAAUUCUGUCAACGUUGAAUUUUUAAUCGUUUGUCACGCAUAUAAACCUUAGUAAAUAAAUACUAAUUCCGAGUUCUACGCCUCAUGAAACGAUGCAUAAGCGUUUUUCUUGUCCAUUGUAUUUAAACACAAUUAGUAAGGAUUUAAAAAAUUAUUAAAGAGAUUAUGCAAUAAUUGAAUUGUGUAAUCUCUUCCAGAAUGUGAAUAGGAUAUUAUAUCCUUUAUGGAACGUCCUUAAGAAAUGACGAAUGUAUGUAAUUUAAAAACGUUUUUUACUUUGUUCCGUAAAACACAUCACUUGCAUUGCAUCUUAUUCAAAUCAUGCUUAGCAUGCUGUCGGGAAUAUGUUUAGAAUAAUUGAAUUCAAAAUUAUUGAACACAAUUGAUAAUUAUUGUCAGAAGAGUUCAGUAGCUAUCUGUGAAUGAGUAUUUCAUAGGUAUUAACUUUCUUUUGCGUUCCUUGCGUGAAAUUUAGUAUAAGAUUUUAUAAAUAGCGAAAUAAUACAAUUAUUAUAUUCAUAAUUGUUUCAAAAAUAUUAGCAAGUUUUAUCUGAAACUAUUACUACCAGUAGUGCUAUUUAUAUUUCAUUGAAGAUUGCUCGGAUUUUUCGUUUUUAAAUUCAUUUGAUAUAGAAUAAACAUGAUUUUCCUGUGUUUAUUGAAUCAUGAAAUUCAAUCACAGACCGAGAGUGUCGAAUAUUUGUAUACUUUUUCAGAAGUUUUAACUAUAAUCAGCGAUUAUUUUAAGAAUCAUCUAUUUCCUCUUUUAUACAAAUUAUUAAUUACUAAGUCUUAAUUUAGUGAACGCUUGCAGUAAAAGGUGUGUGUGUGUAUUAUUAUUAGAAAAAAUCUCGACUUCGUUUUGUGCUCAUGUUUAAUCGUCAAUAUUCCCAGAAAUGUUUCGACACAGUUUCUUACAACGGUGUACACGGUUUCGUAAAAUUCCUCUUGCUUCCUAUUGUUUUCUCUUGUGCUGCAUCCGUAGUCAAGCGUAAUGAAUGAGACAUGAUGUGUAAAAUGUGUAAUGAAACAUCAAUUUACCACUGGUCUUACACGAUUCUUGCGAUUUGGUUAAGAAUAGUUUUUUUUUACAGUUUUCAUACACUCCGGACCGAAACAAAGAUGUUUUCCUAGUGUAACUUUACGAAGAAAGAAUGUAUAUGAAACUACUAUUCUCUCCUAGGACGCAAGAGUUUCCUAGACCUGUGUGUAAUAUAUGUAAUGUGUAUAUUUAUAGCAAGAAUUCGCGACAUUAUUCAUAUUGAUCUCUUAAAAAUUUGUUCCAUAGAAAUCUAAUUUAACUCCAAGAUGGAUGGAUUAUAGUGUGAUGUGAGCUAUACUUGUACAAUUUAAGUUUGUGUAAUUUAUGCGACAUGAUCUUUAUCAAAACCCCGAUCGUUUCACGAUACCUUAUGAUGAAAACUUCAAUCGGGAGAGAAGCGAAAUGUAUUAUUAGCGUUCUACCUGUAUAUGAAUUAACGAUAGACGCAGAUUUAACAAUGUAUCCGAAUGUAGAAACAAAUUGGAUACGGCGUACAAUAAAACAUAAAAUAUUGGAAGUAAA